AUGUUCAACACUUGGGCGUCUUUGGAGGUGGAAUGCCGCACGUCUAAGGACGGAGGAACGUCGUUCUUGUUUGCUUCUUCUAUAAAGGACUUCGCGAACUCCGCCGGCGAUACCUGGUCUCCACUCCCAAUCCUGCAGCCCUUUCUACUGGUCGAUGGAGACGCACUCGCUGCGCCUCGAUUCGAGAACAUCACGCCCAACGGUGUUCGCGCCCGUGUCUCUCUCCGAGAGAUCGCGAACGGUUACUCGCUCGCAUACCUAUCCUGCUCACACACCGCAUCAUCCUGGCUGCUCUUCCUUCUUCUCCGAAAGUACGGUGACAAGCCUCCCUCGGGCGACGCACAGACCUACCACUGCAUCACCCUCAAAUCCGCCUACCGCCUCUUCACCACAGAUCUGCGCGCGCGCCUGCUCUCCCUGUCCCGCGGAUCACCUCCGAUCGUUUUCCCUGCCAUGGACGAGAUGUCUCGCCCGGGCACGGAGCUAGUCGACGUCACCGACAUCGGCGACACGUGCUGGACCGGCCGCGAGCCCGUCACGCUCACCUUCCGCGUCCGCCCGGGCGGAAGCGACACCUCCCGGACCGAGCACUUCUUCCUCACGAUCGCGCGGUGCGACAAAGCUGCGGCUGUCCGUGGCGACAGCCUUCCGCCAGGCCAAGUCGCGGAGACGAGCGCUACGGACCAUGAGGGACCCAUCUACGCGUCGCUCGCCCACGUCUUCGCUUCCUUCCCCCCGAUGGAGGGCCCUCGCACGCAGGUCUCGGCUCACUCGUGCGACCUCGACCAUGUGGACGCGUGGGACAACAUGAGCAAGAUCUUCGAGGCGCGCUCGCAGCGCGCGUCCGACAUCUUCUGGGUCUUUUCCGUCUCCUUCGCCGAGCGCUCCCGCGCGCCUUUCACGGCGGGUGGGUGCGAUGGUGCCCUCACGCUGCACGUCGAUUUGGAUCAACUACCUGGCUGUGAUACCGACGAGGAAGAUGAAGACUACGAGGAUUCCUCCGAGGCGGAAGAAGAAGCGAGGAACGAGGACAUAGAGGCCGAGGAUGACGGAACCGCGAGGAAUCGUAAGAACGGCGCACCCAGGGCGCCAACUCUCCGCAAAUCCGACUCGAUGGUGGAGUUAGAAGAGACUUAUACAGCGAGCAUCAGCCCGUUGAAGCGGUCCUUCUCACCCACUGCGGUUGCCGGGAUCGUGCCUGAUCAGCGUCCUAAGAAGAGGCAGCGGAUUGUGCCGAUCCAGGAAACGAGCGAGUUACCUGUGGAGAGCGAAGACGCGUGGCACAAGAACACCGAGGUUGAAGACCAGGAUGAUCAUUUACAGAUCGCGGAACGUUGCGACCAAGCGCAGAAAGGGUCCUCUCCUUCAAUAACGUCUUCCACGCUCCUUCGUCAGCUCGGCUUGAUGUCGACCCGUUCCCGUUCCUCCCAGUCAUCCACCUCGACGCUCGCGCUCCCCCCGCCAGACUCGCCGCCGCGCGCGAACCGCUUGAAGCGGGCGAUGCCUAUCCUCGAGCACCACCUCCACGACCUCGAGAAGUUCGACACCGUCGACCUCGGCGAGGACCCCGCGUUCAAGGCGCUCUUCAAGUCCCGCUCGCUCUUCCCCGCCCUCGUCCUCGCCACCGCCCUCCUCGUCCUCUCCACCGCGCUCACCUUCGGCCUCGCCGUCGGCUUCACCGCGCUCGGCCGCCGCGCCACCAUCGCCGUCGCGCGCCUCCUCGUGCCCCCCACCGCCCCGCCCGACCCGCGCCGGCUCGUCACCGCCCCGCUCCUCCUCCGCGCGCUCCCCGCGGGGUGCUUCGCGCUCGCGCCCGCGGCGUGGCUCGCGGCGGUGCUCGUCGGGUGGCGUGCGCAGUGGCGCGUGCGGGACGCGCUCCCGCGGCGGUACGACGCGCGGUGGGCGGGCGUGCUCCUGGUGAGCGUCGUGCUCGCGGCGGGGUUCGCGGGCGGGUUGGGCUUGGUGUUGGUGCUUCCGGAGGGGGAUAGGACGCCGGGGGGCUUCGGUGUGCGGGACGCGCUGGAGGCGGGCGGGCUGGGGAUGGGGAUCGUGUCCGCGGUUGUGGGUGUGUUCGGUGUGUUGUGUUACUUCGUGUUGACGUGA